GCAAAAUGUUAUGUCUGCUUAUUGAUUGUUAUUUGUAUUUUUAAAAAUUACAGCAAGCAUAGCUGACCACCAUCUCAUCAUGUCUGCCGAAGCUGAAACUACUACUAUCAACAGCCAGCCUGAGCAACAAGCUCCACCAAAAGCACAACCUUCAAAGAAGGAAAAAAAGAAAGGGCCAGAAAAGACAGAUGAAUCUCUCUUGGCCAGAUUCAAAGGUGAUGGUGUAAGAUAUAAAGCUAAACUGAUUGGCAUUGAUGAUGUCCCAGAGGCAAGAGGAGACAAAAUGAGUCAGGAUUCAAUGAUGAAGCUGAAGGGAAUGGCAGUGGCAGCCCGUUCCCAGGGCCAACACAAACAGAAGAUCUGGGUGAACAUCUCCCUCUCUGGUAUCAAGAUAAUAGAUGAGAAAACUGGGGUCAUAGAGCAUGAGCAUCCAGUAAACAAGAUCUCUUUUAUUGCUCGGGAUGUAACAGACAAUCGUGCCUUUGGCUAUAUUUGUGGAGGAGAAGGCCAGCACCAAUUUUUUGCCAUAAAAACAGCACAACAGGCUGAGCCUCUGGUUGUUGAUCUUAAGGACCUCUUUCAACUAAUAUAUAAUAUGAAGAAGAAGGAAGAAGGUGACAAGAAAAAGAAUGGUAGCGAAGUAUUACCUGCUGAUCAAGCUGACAAAAUGAAACUGGGAGUUGACCAGAUGGACUUGUUUGGGGAUAUGUCAACACCUCCUGAUAUAAGCAGUCCCACAGAAGCUAAAGAGAUUCUGUUAGUGGAUCUAAAUUCUGAAAUUGAGACCAAACAGACUUUUACAAAAGAGGAUCUCUUCCUGAAUGGCAUCACAACCUCUAUUCCACAACCAAAGCCACAGCCACCCUUUUUGCCUGAGAGUUCUUUCUCUACCAAUCUCAGCUUCUUUCCCACACCUAAUCCAGACCCUUUCAGUGAUGAUCCUUUUGCACAGCCAGACCAAUCUGCACUGCCUUCAUUUGAUUCUCUAAAAUCUGCUGAUCAGAAGAAGGGAAGUCUGAGUACCUUGACACCAGUGGGUAAUGGUGCUUCAAAUGGUGAUAUUGACUACUUUGGUAAACAGUUUGACCAGAUUUCUAAUAGAACUGGCAAACGAGAAACACUAACAAGCCAGUGGCUACUUGAGAGUAAGUCGCCUGCAGCAAGAACUCCAAAUGGGGUACCAGAGAGAGAACAGAACGGCUUUCUUAAAGCCCCAUCAAACCUGUUUGUGGAAGGUCCUUCCAAAGGAGUAUCUCUGCAGAAUGGAGUAAAGCUGGAUUCUGAAAGCAAUAUCCAGCUUGUGUCACAUGAGUCUAUAACAAUUAGCCCACCACCACAAAGUACCAAGCCAGGAAGAGGAAGGAGGUCUGUCAAGACUGCAUCAAAUGACUUAUUUAGCUCAGACUUCUUCGUGCCAAUUACAGAGAGCCUUAGCGUGACCUCAGCGGCACAAACAGGACCUGUGCCAACUAGUCCACUGGACCUCUUCAAAACAAGUCCUACCACAGCAUCUCCAUUGGCUGGUCUAGGUGGCUUGCCAGUAACUCCAGCACCAUGGAGCCCACAGACACCUGCCUUCACUCAGGCUGCCUCAGUCUUUCCUGGAUCUAUGAUGCCUGCUCAGCCUACAGGAUUUACUCAACCACUUGCCUUUGGUACUCAAGCAGUGCCAAGCUGGAACCAGCCUGCAUCUUUUGGUCCAGCAGCCCCUCAGCCCUCUGGUCUCUGGGCACAGGCAGCACAAGUUCCAUCUAGUUCAUGGGUGCAGCCAUCCAGUGCUGUAAAUCCCUUCCAGAGUAGUGUGUUCCCAACUUCAACACUACCUGCUCAGGUGCCAUCUGUACUACCCUCCAUGUCAACAACAACUAGCCCACCUCAGCCACCACCUAGAACUGCACCUCAGAAGGAGCUAUCCAAGAAAGAGAGUGAUGCUUUUAUUGCUCUGGAUCCACUUGGUGAUAAAGAGAUGAAGGAUGUCAAGGAAAUGUUCAAAGACUUCCAGCUGACGAAGCCACCUGCAGUACCAGCAAGGAGAGGAGAGCAGCAAAGCCUUUCAGAACCACCAAAGCCUGUUCCCCGACAAAUUGUGCUGUCAGCUGAUGGCCUGUUUGAAAGUCAAGCUAAAACAGACCUUUUCAGUGCCUCACCUAAGGAAUCUCAGAAACCAUCUUCUGGUCCUUUUGGUGAUCCUUUUGGCAACCCAUUUGCAUAG